AUGCCCGGAGGUCUCCUUCUCGGGGACGAGGCUCCCAAUUUCGAGGCCAAUACGACCGUUGGCCGCAUCCGUUUCCACGACUUUCUGGGAGACUCAUGGGGCAUUCUCUUCUCCCACCCUCGGGACUUUACCCCCGUGUGUACCACAGAGCUUGGCAGAGCUGCAAAGCUGGCACCAGAAUUUGCCAAGAGGAACGUUAAGCUGAUCGCCCUUUCAAUAGACAGUGUUGAAGACCAUCUUGCCUGGAGCAAGGAUAUCAAUGCUUACAACUGUGAGGAGCCCACAGAAAAGUUACCUUUUCCCAUCAUCGAUGACCGGAAUCGGGACCUCGCCAUCCUAUUGGGCAUGCUGGACCCCGCAGAGAAGGACGAGAAGGGCAUGCCUGUGACGGCGCGUGUGGUGUUUGUUUUUGGCCCUGAUAAGAAACUGAAGCUGUCCCUCCUCUACCCCGCCACCACCGGCAGGAACUUUGACGAGAUUCUCAGAGUAGUUAUCUCUCUCCAGCUGACAGCGGAAAAGAGGGUCGCCACCCCGGUUGACUGGAAGGUCGGAGAUAGUGUGAUGGUCCUCCCAACAAUCCCUGAAGAGGAAGCCAAGAAACUCUUCCCUAAAGGAGUCUUCACCAAAGAGCUCCCAUCUGGCAAGAAAUACCUGCGCUACACGCCCCAGCCGUAG